AUGGGAGAGAGGGGGAGAGUGUUGAAGGUCAGAGUUUCUCUAGAAAUGGAAGCCACUGAAGCCUCAAUGCCAGUAAUACAAAAUGAAAUACAUGUUGAACCUUCUGUGGUUACUGCUCCAAACGUGGAACAAAACCCUCUCCAAGGACUAUUUUUGAUAGGCAUUGAACAGUCAAGCUCCUCUGAAUCGGAGGAAAAUGCAUCUAAAGUCUCAGAGGAUAUUUCACAGUAUUUAAAAGAGAAAUUGGACAGAAAUACAGAGCAGCUAGACCCAUUAUUGUGGUGGCAUGCCCGAAAAACUGAUUCUCCAUCCUUACACAAAAUGGCCAUUCGGUACUUGGCUAUACCGUGUACAUCAGCACCAGCAGAGAGAGCCUUCUCUUCUGCUGGUCUGACAGUUUCCAGAUUGAGAACCAGACUCAGUGGCACACACGUAAAUGAGUUGAACUUCUUGCACUGCAACCGAAGUUUGAUGCAGCAGUGA